GUGACCUUCUACUCCUGAGCCUUAGUGUGACUCACAACUUAUAACCGAACUAUGUACAUGAUGAUAUAAGAUGGGGGCAUAUUAUGAGUACAGAUAUCCAAUGCCUCAACGUAAUUUGAAAGGAUCGCAACGGAGCAGCGCAUUCCCUCCACAAAAUAAGGAAUCGGGGUGAGGGUUAAUAAUCUAUAUUCCUAGUUGGUUUUAUGGGAAUUCUCAGGAUCACCUCGAUGCUGUUUUCCACUUUUACACAGGUCGCUAUCCGGAGUUUGAAUAACGUAUACCAAGGGACUGAGACUUCGUAACCAUGUGUACGGAGUAUGUUUUUGGUUUCAUCUAGUUUAGAUAUAAUGAGUGGGCUGGAAUAGACCAUUCUUGGAAUUAACUGAUUCCUAGUUGGAAACGAAAUUAGAAAUUUUCACCAUGUAAAAUACGGCACAACAGUGGCCACAGAAGCAUAGGGAAGAUUCCUUUUCUUCAUGAAUACUUGUUGAAUUACUUCUUCGUGACAGGUCUGUUGUUAAUAUAGCGUCAAUUCGUAGCCUUUUAGGUUGCCCAUGGGAAGGAGUGAGACGGUUAGACUUUCGUGGCAAAGUAGUCGUUUAAUAAUCUGAACUUUUUAUAGAAUAUUCAAAAUACAUUAAACAGAUAUCCCACAGAUGCUGGACAACGCUAGCUUAAUAAAAUGCUUCAUAGUGCGGAACUCUUAAACUAUUUUUACAUAAUUACCAAAAUGUGUUUUAACAGUACUCGAUAAUGUUUCACUAAAAUGCAAGCGAGAUGUGCCCAUGCAAAGCUUAUAUAAUGCAUAACUAUUAAAAAAAAUAUAAUAACUGAUAAUAACUAAUAAUAACUAUUAAUAAUUAUAAGGAAUCCGAAAAUGCUCACCUCAGAAAAUCAGCGUCUAAAAAACAGAUCAUAGAAAGUUGAAUUCUACAGAAUUUGUUUUUUUCGUAAACAUUCAUGCACGUCCGUGCAUGGUACGCCCGAAUUGUUGAGGAUGAACACCAGCUAUAAAUAAAAUAUAAGAAAUGCUGAUGAUGGUAAUAAUCAUUACCAUAUUAUGUAGCACUGAUAAGUAAUGCCGUUAAUGUUAUUUACCCCACCACUUUUCUGUGUCGUCCAUUGUAAUGUGAGAAGGAGAAGAAUUGUUGGCAUUUCGUUCCGGUUCAUAAGCAAAUAAACCGUUACAACGCAUGUAACCAAGGGGUGAAACCACAAAUUUGUGUGGCAUAAGAAUUUGUGUGUUCUUCAACUAAUAGAAUAUGUACAGCACAGCACAGAAACGGCAUUUACAAGUCAGUCUUGAGAGGAGCUCAAAGCGGAUAUAUCUCAUGUUCCCCAAAUCUUUAGCCAAAGUCAAAUCACUUGUUUUUGUCUGACUCGAUCCGUAAACAGCUAUCAACUCUUGAGUUUACUAAUUAAAUUUAAUUCUAAAAAAGUUAUCGUAGUAGUCUAGUUCCACGUGGAAAUUUUUCUAAACGAAGAUCCACGUGGAGUUUUACCAAAAUGGCGAACGUGACGGCUUUCUGCCUCACAAAUUUGAGAUUUGACCUGACAGAAGAAGAAUUUAAGGAGGAAGCGCUCAGGGUUUGGGGCCGUUAUUUGCAACCCGCAAACUUUCAAUUGUUCAAAAGAGAUGGAAAUCAGCGAAAGGGGGUUGUUUCGGACUUUCAGCCUAUAAGUUUCGCUCUUCUUCAAGAAAUUUCCAGGGGGGAGGAGCUCAAAGGGAGGAAUAUUUGUAUUAAACCAGAUGUCGGAGAGCCGAGGGACGAUCUUGGACGGUUUAAGCAAUUGGCUACACCUUUGGCUAGAAGAGAGAGGGACAAAUCUCACGGGGUUAACUAUAAUAAGUUGUUUUUAGUCUUCCAUCCUGAUUUGAUAGCUGAUAUGGGAAGAAUUAUCGCAUUUAAAAAGAUUCUGAUAAUUUCACCGGUACUGACUAAACAAAUCCUCGAACCAUUGGGUGAUUUUACCAUAUUCUAUCCAACCAAAAAAUUGCAAAAUGGCGAAUUAUGUAUUCGAUAUCAGACAUCUCUUGAAGCAAUCCAAGCUAUGCUAUACAUUUCCGGAAACACAAGACUUGGUAACCCUCCACCAAUGAUUUCCAACCCGUUCAACACAACCAUUUGUACCACAAACCUGGGAACUGGAAUGGGGAAGGACGGACGUAUCUUGAAUCUCCUUGCUUUGUACAGAGAAAAUGGAGGAUAUGUUCCAUUCACGUCUUUCAAGCAGACACUUCUUGAACGGAUCGGAAAAACUCACAAUGCUAGUGUAAUUGCUAUUGCCUUAGCCACAUUGGAGGUGGGUACCGUUGUCGUUUGUGCUCCGAGUAACGAGGCGGCGGACAAUUUUGCAGAGACGAUUUCAACCCUUAUGAUGUCCUCAAACAUUCCGCUGAGUGUUCUCCGCGUGGAAUCAAAGAGCAAAGAACAGGCUGCUUGGCAAAAUUGCUGCAAAUUUAAUCCCGCAAAAAAGCCUUAUGAUGUGCUCCGAGAUCUGGUAUAGUUAACUUUGGAUACAUCAAUUGUUGAUUCUGAGUUCACUCCUGCAUUGGAUGCCUGGAAAACUGGAAAAUCGCACAUGCUAAAGAGGGAAGAAAGGGAGGCAUUGGAGUGUCAUAUUGCCAAAAUUGAGCGGAUGCAUGCACAGAUGUUUUCCAUUCAAGUUUAUACGAUUGCGACCCUUGGGGACGGACGUGCAAAGUCGUUCAGCAAAACAAAACCCGUCACAACUAUAAUUUUGGAUGAAGCAGGGCAAGCGACUCAGCCAUCCCUCAUCACUAUCGACCAACUUUCCCCAAAGCGAAUCAUCCUUACUGGGGACCACUUUCAAUUACAACCACACGUGGAAUCUCGGAGUGCUACGGACGCCGGGUUAAGCAAAUCCGCAUUGGAACUAGCUUCGUCUUUCUACGUGGGUACUAACAGUAAAGGUCAACUUCCACCAUGGACAAUGCUGAACAUUCAGUACCGAAUGGCUCCUUUAAUCCGAAAACUUGUAUCUGCGGUCACAUAUGAUGGCAAAUUACUAGAUGCCGAUUCUGUUCUAACACGCCGGUCUCAAAUUCCAUCCAGUAUUGGACAACAGGCAUUGGUGCUCCUCGACCACAAAUUUCCAGAACAAAAGAUCGGACAAAGUUACAAAAAUUAUGGGGAAGCUAAGCUUGUCGUUAAAUUUGUGGGGGAAUUACUGCAAAAGGGAGUCGAUGCACACUUGAUUACAAUUCUUACCUUGUACGAGGCAUAGAAUUUGGAAAUCCUCCGAAUGUUAAAAACUUCAUUCCCUGAACUUGCGAUACAGGUCCUUAAUGUUGACGCUUAUCAAGGACGCGAAAAUGCUAUAAUAAUUGUCAGCUUCACGCGUUCAAACAGCGAAAAGAAUGUAGGAUUUACUCGGUCGCCGAAUCGGCUUAACGUAGCUAUCUCAAGAGCAUAAGAAGUCCUUGUAGUGGCUGCUGAUAUGAGUACUUUUGAAACCGUCUUUACGAAAAACUGGAAGAUUUUCACACGUAUCGUGAGGGAGGACGCAUUGUGUUAUUAAUUUUCAUCCAUUUGCUUUACAUGAGAAUACAUUUUUGUGAUUUUCACUUUAUUAAACACCAAUAAACCAUAUGUUUGAUUUAAAUUCGAUUUCCACGUGGACCAUUCACUUCUCUUUAUUUUAAGAAAUUUCAGAAUUGACAUUAAAAUUAAUCCAUCUCAUAAAUCUCAGUUUGUCCUACUCCGCCGCUCAUUCCAAAAAGAAGCUCCCUGUUGGCUGUUUACGCAAUUUUUCACCAGAUUAAGAUUAUUGAAUCUCCAACUUGUUGACUAUUAAACAUUAUCAAUUAAAUUAUUGGACCAGGUAAGACACAGACAGAGAUAAGCCAGCAUUGACUACUAAGGAUAAGUUGCCUUUCAUAAAUUUAUGUAAACGAUUUGCAGGAAUUUUGUCCACGUGGAU